UUCUCUACAACCAACAGCGCCACAGCGGGAAAUUUUUGACACGAUUUAAAAAUAAUUUAGUUUUGAUAAAAAAAAAUCAUUAAGAUUUCCGUGAUCUUGCGAAUUUAAUUAAAAUCAACUCUCUGGCAUAAUGCAAUCAGGAGACUUGGAGGCAGUGGUGGUGCUUCUUGAACCCUCCAAAUUGUUUCAAUUUUUGUGAGAAUUGUGAAAUUGACAACUGGAGGUUUCUUUCUGGGAAAAUUAAAUAAUUAAAAUUGCACAAUUCGUACAAUGUCAAUGCCAUUCUUGCUGAAAAGUGCAGUGUUUGUUUGUCUCUGGUCGACGACAUUUGGGUAUUUCUACUCCCAGAGCAAUGGGAAUGACGACAAAUUGUGCUUCUGCCAGCUGCAGGGAACCAUCGAUGAUUGCGCCUGCAACGUGGACACCGUGGAUCAUUUCAACAACAUGAAGAUCUAUCCGAGGCUGAAUUCUCUUCUGGCCAGCGACUACUUUCGCUUCUACAAGGCCAACCUGAAGCAAUCUUGCCCAUUUUGGGCGGAUGAUAGUCGCUGUGCAAUGAAAUUCUGUAGUGUUCAAUCAUGCGAUGAACGGGAUGUUCCUGAGGGUAUCAAGGGAUUCUCCCUGGAGUCUCCGUCCUUUAAAUACACAAAAGACGCCCACGAAGGGGGCACAAUAGUUGAUUGCGGAAGUGAUCUGAAUGCCGAACUCAGCUACCUAAAUACUAGCAUAAGUGACAAAGCGCAUCAGGGCUUCCAACUUUGGGCAGAUCACGAUGAGGCCCAGGACAAUUUCUGCAUUUUAGACGAUCAUCAGGAAGGUGCCGAAUAUGUGGAUCUAUCACUCAACCCAGAACGCUAUACGGGCUACAAAGGUGAUUCAGCACACAGAAUUUGGCGCUCAAUCUACCUGGAGAAUUGUUUUGGGUCAUCGAAACACAAGCACAGCUUAUCCUUCAUCCCCUACAUUCCCUAUACGGAGCUUUCGGCUGGCAGUGGUAUCUGCAUGGAGGAGCGUGUCUUCUAUCGUUUAAUUUCCGGACUUCACUCAUCGAUAAACAUCCAUCUCUGUGCCAAUUAUCUCCUGUCGGAAAAGAAGGGAUUCAUGUCCGACAGUGGGGUUUGGGGUCCAAAUGUCGAGGAGUUCAUUAGGCGCUUUAGUCCCAGUGAGACAGCCAAUGAAGGUCCCCACUGGCUCAAGAAUCUCUAUUUUGUGUACGUUGUCGAACUGCGAGCAUUGGCAAAGGCUGCACCCUACCUACGCAAUGAAACCUACUUUACGGGUCAGGCGCAACAAGAUGAGGAACUGAGGAAUGCCAUCCAGGAUUUCCUGUCUGUCAUCAACACCUUCCCUAGUCACUUCAAUGAGACAACAAUGUUCUCAGGCGGUGUUGGAUCGCUGAAGCUGAAGCAUGAUUUCCGAGAAAAAUUCAGAAAUAUUUCCAAGAUUAUGGAUUGCGUGGGAUGUGAUAAAUGCCGAUUAUGGGGGAAGCUUCAGGUUCAAGGAUUAGGAACCGCUCUUAAGAUUCUCUUCUCGGGGAAAUUUGAUAAUGCCACAUCCUUGGCCAGUGACGAUAAAAGUGAAAAAUUGAAACUCAAACGGACUGAAAUUGUAUCACUCUUCAAUGCAUUCGGCAGAUUAUCAACGAGUAUCAAUCGAUUGGAACAUUUUCGCAAAUUAAUGAGAUGAUAGUGCCGGAACGGCCAAGGAGUUUAGAGACAUUUUUCACAUGAGGCGGAAGGGACAGAAACCAAAAAUGUUUUUGUGAGUCAUAUAGGUGAAAUUGAUAAGUAAAUUAUCUGUGGUAAAAAAGUCAGAUGAAGUGAAAGGAGGAUUAUAUACUUACAAGAAGAAAAAAAAAACAAAAUAUCAAUUGAUAACUCUGUACAUGAUAUAUUAUAUACAAAAAAAAACCCUUUUCUAGUAAUUUUUUGUGCAUUUCAGUGACAAAAUAGUUUAUAUUUAUUUUAGAAAGAUGCAAUCUUUUGUAAAUACCUGUAGAGUUGUUUUACUUUUUAACGAAAAAAAAGAAUUGUAGGUACUCUUAGUACAUAUAGGUGGCACAUUUUCAAACCAAACACAUGAUUGUGAAUUAAACAGAAAACACAUCUCCAUAUA